CCGAGGCCUAUGCAGCAGUGGGAGGGGGGCGGUGACAAAAACCCUGUAGUUUAAUAUUUUCCCCUUUCAUUUUUCUAUUUUAACAAGUGCUAAAACAGAACGUGAAUAAAGGUCUGCGGUUAUCAGCGUCUCUUUACGCACCGCCGGCGCAGUCGACCGUUCGCUGUCUUGCCUUGACCAGUCUCGCUUCGCAAUGCAAUGUUAGCUUAACAUGAGAGAAAAGCUGCUGCUCCCAUGGAAACGCACUUUGAACCCAUGUGCUCUCGCUCACCAUGACACCGAGCAGAGGAUUCUGGGAUUGAUGCGGGACUCCCACUGAUGGCCUCGACUGGGUGUCAGCUGGCCUGCUGAAGCAAUGGGAGGCUGCUGGAGCUGUCUGUACAGAGACACAAUCCCAGACAACCACCCCACCAAAUUCAAGGUGACAAACGUGGACGAUGAAGGGAACGAGCUGGGCUCCGGCACCAUGGAGCUCACGCAGACCGAGCUUAUCCUCCAUACCAGGAAGAGGGACGCCGUUCGGUGGCCCUACCUCUGCCUGCGUCGCUACGGAUACGACUCCAACCUCUUUUCCUUCGAGAGCGGCAGGCGCUGCCAGACGGGCCAAGGGAUCUUUGCGUUCAAGUGCUCGCGUGCGGAGGAGAUCUUCAACCUGCUGCAGGAGCUCAUGCAGUGCAACAGCAUCAACGUGGUGGAGGAGCCUCUCCUGAUCACACGGGCGGGACACACCCCCGAGCUGGACCUGCCCCGCACGCCGCAGACCCCCAACACUCCAGCAUACACAGUCCAGGGGUUUCCCAACGGAUACCCAGGGUACCCCAUCAGUGCAGACUCCUCCCACCAGUCCUCACGGCAGCCCUCGGUAGCUGACGACCACGGCCACAGCCUGAUGGGCCUGGAUGACCAGGCCCACACCUAUGUGAACACAGCCAGCGUGGAAGGGGAGAUCCGAGGCCGCCACUGCGUCCACUCGCUGCCCGAGGUACGCCCCAGCACCUUCUCCGAGACCACGCGGGGGGUGGCCCCCAUGGGGGGCCAGGGAGGCGGGCAUCCCGGCAUGCACUGCUACCCUCUGGAGGAGCACGAAGACCCUCAGGUCUUCCUGCAGACGGCAUCUCAGGAGGCCAAGUUCAUGCUGGGCCCGACCCCCGCCCAGCGGCGCAUCAUGGAGCUGGAGAGGGAGAGGCACGCGCACCACGCCCACAGCCUGCGUGCCCUGGAGGACGGGGGCGUGGCCUCAGAGAUGGAGGCGGGCGGGCAGCCCCCGCCCGUGCCCCCGAUGCACCUGAGAAACCCCCACUCCUACCACCACCACCACCACCACAUGGUGCAGCACCACGGCGGCGCCGAGCACCAGGAGGGCUGCCACCUGACCCGGCUCACCUACGAGAACAUCAACGGCAUGCGGGGCGGGGCCCGGAGGGGCGGGGCUGGCCGGCUCAAGAUGUGCCCCGGGAGCGUGUCGCACUCCGGGGGGUCCAGCAGCAGCAGCAGCGGCGGGGGGGACAGCCACCCGCACUCCGUGUCCCUCCCCCACUCCCACUCCCACUCCCACUCGCUCCCCCACGCCCCGUCCUCCCUGUCCUCGCAGGGCUACGGCUGCGAGCGCGGGAUGGGCGGCGGCCACCGCAAGACGGCGCUGCUGAACUACGAGAAUCUGCCGUCGCUGCCGCCCGUGUGGGAGUACCGCGCCCUGCAGAGGGAGGAGCAGCAGGACGAUGAGGAGGACGACGAGGAGCAGGACGAGGACGACGAGUACGAGGAGGAGGACUACGACGAGUACGAAUUCUCCGAGGGGCCCGGCACGCCCAACGGCUACCACCAGGACGGGGACGGCCUCCACGGCGACGCCGUGCGGAACUACGUCAACACCGAGCAGAUACAGCUGGGCCCCCACCGACGCUCCGGCUGCCCCCCGGCCUGCCCCCCCCGCGGACAGCAGUGCCACCGAGCAGGCGGCGUCUUCAGCUUUGAUUUCCGGCGGGGGGCGGGGCGAGGCCCGGGCGGGGCCAUGCACGGGUGCGAGCACUCGCACCUCCCCAAGUCACGGCAGCUCAACUACAUCCAGGUAGACUUGGACGGAGAGUCGGAGCGCGAGGCCAUAGGAGGAGGGGACCCCUCGCAACAGGGGCAGCACCAGCCCCCCCUCCCGUCCGCCUGCGGCCCCCCGGGGGCCCGGCGCAGCGAGUUCUACGCCGUCAUCGACCUGAAGAAGACGGCCGCCAUGUCCAACCUGCAGAAGGCCCUGCCGCGGGACGACGGAACCUCGCGGAAAACUCGCCACAACAGCACCGACCUGCCGCUGUGAAGGGCUAGGGGGCGCUAGCGAGGUAGGGAAUAUGGAGAGAGAGAGACUAAGGGGUAAAGGCUGGGGGAGGGGCACCCCAAGACUGCGCCCCCCCAUUCUGCCUGCCCCCCACCCCGCACUGAUUGCACUGACGGAGGCAGGCCCAAACACUUCACUUGAAAGGAGAUGGAAAAAAAAAUUCUAAUAUAAUUCCUCAAUUAUUCAAAUAAUGUAUAAAGACCUGUUGAAAGUUUGGUUUGAGUUUUUCCUCAUGUGCUGAUCACUUUUGGCAAAGCCAGUAGCCCUGGUGGUGGUUUGGUUUGGGGGUUGGAGGAGGACAGUGUGUAUGUGUGUGUGUGUGUGUGUGUGUGUGUGUGUGUGUGUGUGUGUGAGAGGCAGCCAUCCCUCAGGGUCUGCCCGUCACACUGCCUGCUGGGUGCCCAUCACCUCUUCCCUCAAGCAUUCUAUUUAACUGUUCAUAUUUAUUUUGAUGUUAUUUUAUUUAUUUUUUUAUUUGGGCGUGUUUUUUUACUUCAAGAAAUAUAUUUUUCUCUCGAAAAGGGCCAACUUUAUUUUAAGGUACAUUCACGCACCCUUCACGCACUUUCAUAAGCCUAUAUUUGACUCAGAUUUCAUCAAAAUUCAUCUCUAUAUUUGUACGAAUAUGACUAUUACUGGUAGGAAAUGGAAGGAGGAGCAUGGACUGUCAGCACAAAAAUACAUAUUUAACAUAUUUAUUUACAUAUCAACUG